GGGAAUAAAAAUUCCCCCCAGAUAGGUUGAGCCAGCUGCAGUGGUUGCAAAAAUGCGGGGGGGGGGGGGGAAUGGGGCUUUUCCUUCCCCUUUUCCUAGGAUUUUUAGCUCCCAUUUCCCAGUUCAUCGCAGUGCCCGGACAGGGUACCUCUCCCCUCUUGUAUAAGAUGUUACAGAGGUGCUAGAGGGGACUUGAUCCAGUGAACUAUUUACAGACACCCCCAUCCCCUCCCCCAGAUCUCACUGUCACACCUGCUUUGAGUGUUUAAAAGAAUCCGGGUCUCAGUUCCUGUGUCUGCCAUAAAGCCGCCCAGCGCUUCAUCCGUGUGUCCUAGCCCCUGUCCCUGUUCCCCUGAGUUUGACUCCCCUUGGAAUCCAGUCUGGGCGGUUUCACUCCUUUACAUUCGUUCUUUAUAAAAAUAUUCUUUUUCUUACUUUGAGCGCUUCAUCCGCGUUGUGCGGAAGGACGUCACUGUGCCCUGGUAUUCCUAUUUUUAAUGGCAAAUCAUCAUGGGAAAUAUUAAUAGUUUCUCCUUGGCAUUGGUCAGGCGGGGCGACACCAUGGUGACCUCACCUUGUUUACCUUUUGGUGAGAUUAAGGUACUUUGCCUAUGUUCUGUUUUUGCGGUGGAAUAGCUAAUGCAGGUUAGUUACCCCAUGGGAAAAACACCCACUUGCUUAUAGACAUAGACUAAGCUGCUGACUCCAGUGCUAAAUGACCCAUUAUUGUUCAUGAGCUGAAAACUCUGAUACUGAUUGUGUGUCUACUGUUUCUGCUCCUGUGCCAGGCGCUGCAUCUGAAUGUCUGCACCCAGUUAUGCGGGCAUCAUGGAAAAGAAAUUAAAACAUUUAAAACUAAAGGAAUUAGCAGAGACACCCCCCGAACACACACACCCCAAUUUCUCUCAUUCCCUUCCCUUUACUUCUUCAGGGCUUGUCUGCAUGGUCUGAUGUUAAAGGUGUGAAGUUAAUCUACAUGAAUUCCAGGGCUUUAAACCCCGGUGUGGAAGCUCUCAUUCAGAAGUAAGGUGGCCUUAAUUUAGACAGUGGCAGUCAGGACAGCCACAGACAAGUGCAGGAGACCUUCCCCCAAACACUAUAAAUCUUCAGGUCUUCAGAUCACUUCUUGAACAUUUUUAAGUUUUGGAUAGUCCAGGUGUAACCCACAUGCGAAGUUUCAAGUCCAAAGAGAAGGAGCGAAACAGUGGGGUGCUCAUCUCAUCUUCCCUGACUGUUGCCUUGUGUAGAAACACCAUUAGGAUAUUUCACAGCUUUGGUCUGACAGAAUUUCAGUAGAUGGGUUGAGGUGGAAAUGUAAGGUGAUCUUGCUCCUCUUCUCUCUCCUGCAAAGGACAGGACAUGCUUCAUGAGCAGGAGGGUGAAGGCCGGAUAGUGUCAUGGCAGAUCCUGUUGUGCACACGGAGAGUGUUGGCCUGGUUGCUCGGUGAUCCCCUUUAUAAGGAACACAGAUCAAGUGGCGGCACUCUUGUCCCAUGAGAGUGAACUAUAAAGACUCUGUUGAUUUCUUGUCCUGGUGAGAGUGUGCCCUGAGGGAGACACACUGCACCAGAGUCCUGCCUGGCUUCAUUCAGAGCCGUUCCAGAGCAUGGAGACGGUGACUGCCCUAAACACCUGUCUCCUGUCCACGCUCUGAUUGCCUCAGCUCUCAGGUGAGUAAAGAAGGAGCGGCCGGGCCAGGUGGCAUGUGCCCAGUGAAAACAUCCAAUGCAUCUUUGGAAACAAAUACAGAGCAUGUCUGGUAACUGCCCCACCCUACUUCUGGAUGCUUUGGAGCAAGAUCAGCCCUGUGCUGAGACACAGCAUGACAAUGUGUGAAGUGAGCUUAGUAUAUUUUUGUUACACCUGCCAGACUGUGCCUCACACCUUUGUGAGCAUCGCAGUCACAGACUUGCCAACAUGACCAUCCUCAUGUACAAUAGUGGUAACAGACAAUGCUGUCUGUCCAAGUUACAUUUCCCUGGCAGAGCCUAGUUACAAGGCAAAUAUCCACAGGCAACCCCCUCCCUUCCCGCACACACACUGCUCCCAGCUUACAUUGGAUUUUUUUUUUAAAAGAGACAAACUCAUGAUCUUUGGGGCUCUGAUUCUUGAGUGUUCAGGGCUCCCUAGGUCUUGGUCUGAUUUCCAGGCAGGUUUUAGAUCUUAGCCACACGAGAAUCAGACUGGAGUCACUGCUCGCUCUGGCAGGGGGGAGUGUGGAUGGGCCAAUGGGAUCAGUCUCCGCCUGCCUGUCCCUGGGGGCUGCCAGGGGAGUCGAGGGCAGAUCAUUCUUCAGGUGUUGCCACCAGAGGGCUCCGGCUAUUGCUAAGAGAGAGGGGUUUACACUGCAAUGGGGGGAAAUCCGCCAAAGUGGCCCCUUUGAUUCUGCUCUUUUUCUAGCAGUUGGCUCAGAGAUGCUGUUACUAGGAGGGUCUAAAGAGUCUGGGGGAAAUCAGGGGGUGACAUAGACUCCAGCCCCUUCUGUAACCUCCCCCAUCAUCCCUCUGACCCCGACAGGCUGAGGAAUCACAUCCACAUAGCCAGCUCAGAUGCUGGUGACCUUCGAGGAGGUGGCUGUGUAUUUCACCCAGGGGCAGGGGGCUCUGCUGGACCCUGCUCAGAGAGCCCUCUACAGGGACGUCAUGCAGGAGAACUAUGAGACGGUGACCUCUCUGGGAUUUCCCAUUCCCAAACCUGAGCUGAUUGCCCGCCUGGAACGAGGUGAAGAGCCAUGGGUCCCGGAUCUCCAGGCCUGCGAGGAAAGAGAGAGCCUGAGAGAUGACUGCACAGCAGGUGCUGAGCGAGUGAGUGAGAACGUGGAGGGGAAUCACCAUCAGGAAGUUCUUGGGGAAGUGGAAUCACAGGGGACCUUUGUGGGAAGAGCUGAAGGGAAUUUUUCCCAGUGCUGGGAACAGAAAGAAACCUGGGAAAAUUGGCACAGGUCAGAGAAGAUGCAGGGAAACCACCCAAGGAAGAAAGUGGCUGAAUCUAUUAAAUGUGGGGGAGGGGACAAGGAUCUCACAACCCAGCAGACAAAUUCCAAAGAAGACAAACUCUAUGUAUGCCUCAGUUAUGGGGAAGGAUUCAUUCUGAGAUCACAUCAGACAAUCCAUACUGGAAAGAAACCACUUCAGUGCUUGGACUGUGGGGAAAGUUUCAAUAAUCGCUCAGCCCUGAAUAACCAUGGGAGAAGCCACAGAAGAGAGAAACCCUCUCAAUGCCUCGACUGCGGGAAAUGUUUCAUUUGGAAGUCAGAACUAAUUAGACAUCAGUUAAGCCACACAGGAGAGAGACCCCAUAAGUGCUUUGACUGUGGGAAAAGUUUCAAACAGAGGUCAGACCUUUUUAAUCAUCAGGCAAUCCACACAGGAGAGAGACCCCAUAAGUGUGUGGAAUGUGGGAAAAGUUUCAGUCGGAGGUCAGUCCUUGUUAUUCACCAGAGAACCCACACAGGGGAGAGACCACAUAAGUGCUUGAACUGUGGGAAAAGUUUCAUUCAGAGGUCAGACCUUCUUAAACAUCAGAGAAUCCACACAGGAGAGAGACCUCACAAGUGCUUGGACUGUGGGAAAAGUUUUAGUCGGCGGUCAGCUCUUUUUAAACAUCACGCAUUCCACACAGGAGAGAGACCCCAUAAGUGUUUGGUCUGUGGAAAAACUUUCAUAUGGAGGUCAGACCUUGUUAAACAUCAGGUAAUCCACACAGGAGAGAGACCCCAUAAGUGUUUGGUCUGUGGGAAAAGUUUCACACGGAGGUCAGUCCUUGUUAAUCAUCAGAGAAUCCACACAGGAGAGAGACCACAUAAGUGUUUAGACUGUGGGAAAAGUUUCACAUGGAGGUCAGACCUUCUUAAACAUCAGAAAAUCCACAAAGGAGAGAGACCCCACAAGUGCUUAGACUGUGGAAAAGGUUUCAUAUGGAGGUCAAACCUUGUUAGACAUGAGUCAAUCCACACAGGAGAGAGACCCCACAAGUGCUUGGACUAUGAGGAAAUUUCACACAGAUAUCACACCGCAUUAAACAUGAGAGAAUCCACACAGGAUCUAAACUUCUCUGACACAGGGAGAGAAGGUGUUAAGGAAAUUGCAUGUAAUUGACCUAGAUUCAACCUUUAGAGACAUGUUAGAAAAGUGUGUCCUCGUUAGAUAAACUAGAGCUUUGAAAGGUAAACUUGUAUUGUUAAAGACAUGGAAGAAGAUGGUAACUGAAGUAGUCUUUGUUUAGCUAUAUCGUGUUAGUGGUUAACAAUGGAAAUAAACAGUUCCUGUCUAGGGCUGUAUUCUGUGAAUUCAGAGAUCAAAAGGGAAUAUUAACAUUUAGACAAUACUUGGUUGUAAUAACGUCAUUGUUUAUCACCUGAACGUUUGUCAUAACUGUCUAUGAACUGCUUUAUGGAAAAUCACUUGAUGUUAAUCCAUGUAAUUAAUUACCAGUGAUCUUUAGGAAAUAGAAGGUUACUUGAAAAGCCUCUUGUUCAGCCAAGGACUGUGUGCUGUCAUGAUGGUGCAAAAAUGAUCCUUUCUUUUCUGAUCUGCCUAACCUGUAUACGGGGGGAAUGUGAGUCAGAAGACAGAGAUCUCCAGUCCUACCUGGACUGCCCUGACAUUGAAAUUGGACUAGAACUUGAUGAAAUGAUUCUGUAAAGGACUCUUUGCAAUUCUAAAGCAUCAGCUAUACAAUGAAACUGAGCUAAGGACUCUAUACAUGUAUCUCUGUAUAAUGAUCUUUUUACCAGCACACUCUCUCUUUUCUUCUUUUAAUAAAUCUUAGUUGAGUUAAUAA